CAGGGCCUGGGCGGGGAAGUCCGGUCUGCGGCCGGCUAAGGCGACCUGAAGGCUCCGGCUCUGCGCUGAUCACUGGAAACUGAGGCACAGACGGUUUAAGUGACUUGCUCAAGGUUACACAGCUUAUUUUCUUAUAAGGCUAAGAAAAUUAUAAGGCACAUGUCAGUGAAUCAGCAAGAUCUAGAUCCAGAUAGUACUACAGAAGUGGAAGAUGUUACAGAUGCUGAAGAAGAACUUAUUAAAGAAUGUGAAGAACUGUGGAAAGAUGUGGAAGAAUGUCAGAAUAAACUAUCACUUGUUGGAACUGAGACACUCACUGAAUCAAAUGCUCAGCUAUCAUUAUUAAUUAUGCAAAUGAAAUGUUUGACUGCUGAACUCAGUCAAUGGCAGAAAGAAACUCCUAAAAUAAUUCCACUGAAUGAAGAAGUUCUGCUAACAUUAGGAAAAGAAGAGUUCCAAAAAUUGAGACAUGAUCUUGAAUUGGUACUCUCCACUAUUCAGUCCAAGAAUGAAAAGUUAAAGGAAGACCUGGAAAGGGAGCAACAAUGGUUGAAAGAACAGCAACAGCUCCUGGAAUCUCUUAAUGUAAUACACAAGGAAUUGAAACAGCAGGUUGUGACAGUUUCUGAAUCAAGAAUCUUUAAUGAACUAAAAACUAAAAUGCAUGAUAUAAAAGAAUAUAAGGAAAAACUCUUGAUUACCUUGGGUGAGUUUCUAGAAGACCAUUUUCCUCUGCCUGAUAGAAAUGUUAAAAAGAAAAAGAAAAACGUUCAAGAAUCCACUGCACAGCUGAUAACACUGCAUGAAAUGUUAGAGAUUCUUUUAAAUAGAUUAUUUGAUGUUCCACAUGAUCCAUAUGUCAAAAUUAGUGAUUCUUUUUGGCCACCAUAUAUUGAGCUGCUCCUGCGUAAUGGAAUUGCCUUGAGACAUCCAGAAGAUCCAACCCGAAUAAGAUUAGAAGCCUACCAUCAGUAAAAGGAUGGUCUCUUUUUCACACAGUACUCGAAAGAAUUUUGUCAUUCAAGGAUAAUGGAAACAUUGAGGAUUACUUGGAUAAAGAAUAUUAUUUGCAAAUCAAAGCACAUAGUCCAUCUUUCUUUUAUCCUUAAAAUGACACAUGCUGUCAUCUCCUAUUCAUUUAAAAAUGGUCCUUUCACAUUCAGGAAGUGCUUUGGUGUUUUAAACUAGAUGGACAAGAAUGCAAGUAAAAAAUAUUCUAGACUUAAUCAUUAUAAAACAUUUAAUGUAUCUUACUUUUGCAAUAUUCUUUGGAAAAUUCUUUGCUAAUUUAUGAUAUUACUAAUGUAAUAUUUUCCUUUUAAAAUUUAUGACAGUUUCCAUUUUGCAUUUUGAGUUGUAGUUGAUGCUUCACCUCCUUUAAAUUUAGGAAUUAUAAUGGAAAGCCCUUUAAUUUGCAGAUGGCUUUAAAAUUGACUUAGUAUCUGAUGUAGAAGGAAGUGUAAUUUAAAAGUGUUUAGUAAAUUUGUUCCAUGUAUACUGUCUUAUUUCUAGAUUUGCUAAAAAUUGGAAUAUAAAAAACUAAUGGAUAAAGAUAGCAUGAAAACUAUAUUUUAAUGUAUAUUAUAUAACAAGUGAUAUUAUAUAUUAACCCACUCUUGACUUUGUUAAUCAUUACUAACAAAAUUGUGUUCAUAAAAUUUUGUUUAUCCACUGUGACUUUUCUGUAAAUAAAAUUCUGUCAUCUAAAAAUCUCUAGCUGUUUUGGUGAUGUGGCAUGAUAUUUUAAUAAGUUAAAUAGGCUUUUUGUAGGUAGAUAAAUGAAAAUAUUAUAGGACUUAUUCAGGCUUACAUACAAGCUACAGUAGAGAAUUCCAAACCAAUUUAGUAUCAUUAGUUUUUUAAGAGGACUUAGUGUGUACUUUUACAUUUGAAAAUGCUUUUUAGUAUAUAUCAUUCAAGUUUCUUGCUUAAAUACUUCAUCUUUUUUAAAGUAAGCAAAUAAUAUUCCAAGUAUACUUUGUCCCUUCUAUAGGAAAUACAAAUACUGUUAUAUUUUAGUGAAUGUAAGUUCUUUUAUGGGAAGAUGACAUAUAAAGUACCUUCCUAGAAUACUCUAGUUGGGAGUCAAAGAAUGAGCAACUUUUAUUCCUUGAAGUUACUGGAGAAGGGAGAAAUGGUUCUGGCAGUAUAAGUCUGAUGGUAAUUCUACAGAUCAGGCAGAGCUGUUGUCGGGGACUUCCCUGUGUUGCGAAUUACAGAAAGAAAUAAAUAAAAGCAAAAAACAACUUGAUGAUUUAUUUGGCAAGUAUUCAUUUUGCAUUUUACUGAAGAAUCUGCUGGUUAGGAUCAUUUUACUACAGUGUCUUGUAUAAGGCUCUAAAGAAAACUAUGAUGAUUGCAUCCUACUUUAAUUCAUUAACCCAGGCUUCUUACAUAACAAGAUUAUUUGCCUACUUUUGAUCUAAAUCAUAAACAAAGUAAAUUAUAGUGGAAUUAGUCUUGAUUUGUACUCCAUCUAAGCUUACAGCCCUUAAAGCUUUUUGUGGUUUUGAGCAUGUUGGAGAAAAUGUUUCAGGUUCUGAAGACCUGUAUGUAUUUUCACUCUUCAUUGAUUUAAGAAAAUCGCUGAAAUCUAUUAAAACUUAGAAUUUGUUUUUAUUUCACCAGGUCUUAAAUAUGAUAAUGCAAAAUAUCUGAAAGUAAUACCACAUUCUAGCUUUCCCACACCAGAUGGUGAUGUUAGCCUAACUUAGAAACAAAAAUUUGUUUUGGUCUACCACAAAAUAUAUUUAACUUUGUGAUUGGUUGAUAUGUAUGCAUGGAUCGAUUUGGGAGAAAUUAAAUCUCUAUUUGGUUCAAAAUUCAACCCAGUUGAAUAUGACCUUCUUGAGUCUUAUUCUGUAUUUUAUAUGGUUGUACAUCUAUAUUAACAUUUUUGACUCCCUUAUUUUCCAUAGUUUACUUUGUUGUUCAUUUAGCUAACUUUUAGUUUAAUUCUUUUUGCUUUUACCAAGAAUUAUAUUUUUCAAUUCUAUACAAUAUCUUACCUCACUUUAUUUUCUGAU